AUGGUGAACAGGGAGUCUGGAUCUGAAUCUGAAUCUGAAGAAAAUUCAGAUGUUGAAGAAGCUGAGUCUCAGGAGGACUCGGAUUCUGAUGUCGAGGCUGAAGAAACGCCCACUACUCGGCCUUACAUGGCUCUUCUUCAAGGUUUUGGAGACAGUGAUAGCCCCAAGGCAAAGAGACGCAAAUUGGAUAAUUCAUCGAAAGUUGAUAUUCCAAAGGCAGAAAUUUCGGAUUCUGAAAACGAAGAGGAUUCUGAAGAGGAGCAUAAUGAAACCAAAGACAUUGACAGGGCGGAUGAAGCAGAGGACGUUGAGGGUGGUGUCGAAGAACAGCCAGACGAGGACUCUGAGGAUGAGGAAGAUUCAACGGACCCUUUUGACACCCAUUUUGCACACCCUGAUGCAGAUGUUAGCUCAAAACGGGUCAAAGCGGCCAAGGAAGGCGAAUGGACGACGAAGCGGGCAGUUGUCAAACCCUGGCGGGCGACAUUGAUGAGUCCCGGCUCCGAUGUGGCCAUUGAUACCCCUCGACCUCAGUCAGUGAGCGACCUCAAACUCAAGCGCAAAUUGAGGGAGCCUGCAAGCAGACAUCUUUCGGACUUGGACGACAAUGCGAAGGCAUUCGGCUCCUUCCUCUUUGGAUACCAAGAUAUUCUUCUUUGUGAUCGAAAUGUGCGGAAUGCGCAUAAAUUGAGGCAGCUUGCCUGCCUUCAUGCACUGAACCAUGUGCUCAAGACACGAGACCGAGUAAUAAAGAACAACUACAAGUUAGCAAAAGAGAGUGAUAAUUCCGAUCUAGAUUUGCGAGAUCAAGGAUUUACACGCCCCAAAGUGUUAUUCUUGCUCCCAACACGCAACUCGUGCGCCCAGGUCGUGAAUAUCAUCAGAGAUCUCUACGAGGCUGAUCAGCAAGAAAACCGUAAGCGGUUUGAUGACUCUUACAUUGACAAAUCCAAUACUUUUGGCGACGACAAACCGGCAGAUUUCACCGAACUAUUCGAGGGAAAUGACGACGACAUGUUCCGAUUGGGCAUCAAGUUUACGCGGAAAACCAUCAAAUAUUUCGCACCAUUCUAUAGUUCCGAUAUUCUCUUUGCUAGUCCAUUGGGUCUCCGAAUGGCGAUUGGCUCGGAAGAAGACAAGAAAAAGGUUGAUUACGACUUCCUCAGCUCUAUUGAGCUGGUUGUGAUGGACCAGAGCGAUGCGCUGCUGAUGCAGAAUUGGGAGCACGUUGAGUCCAUCUUUGAGAGCUUGAAUCUUCAGCCUAAAGAUGCUCAUGACUGUGAUUUCAGCCGUGUCAGGAGCUGGUAUCUGGAGGAUUGGGCAAAUCAUUUCCGUCAAACUGUCGUGCUCUCUGCAUUCAAUACUCCCGAGCUGGCAGAGUUGUUCCGCCUCCACUGCCAGAACUGGGCUGGCAAAAGCCGGUUGCAAAUCGAAUACCCCGGAGUUCUUCAACAGCUUGGAAUAAAGGCCAAGCAGACAUUCUCCCGAUUCCAAUCACCUUCGGUAGACAAGGAGCCUGAUGCCAGAUUCAAAUAUUUCACAUCGACCAUCAUUCCAUCGUUGGUGAAGCGGAGUAAAGACGCUACGGGGACCAUCAUCUUUAUUUCUUCCUACCUUGAUUUCGUGCGUGUGCGAAAUUAUUUUGCCAACGCGCAAGAAGUCAGUAGCAUACCAUUUGGCGCUAUAUCGGAGUACGCAGAUGUCCCUGAAGCCUCCCGAGCUCGCUCUCACUUUUUGAAUGGUCGUCACCGAGUGCUUCUAUAUACAGAGCGAGCACACCACUUCCGACGAUAUCAACUUCGCGGCGUGCAAAGGGUCAUAUUUUACAGUCUUCCCGACAAUCCGGUUUUCUACAACGAGAUUGCUGGCGGCUACUUGGCCAAGAGCGAGGCAGAUAUGAGACUUGAGCCAGGGCAAGGGAACAUCCGUGUCAUUUUCUCCAAGUACGACGUGAUGAAGCUAGAGAGGAUUGCUGGUUCAAAGAGAGUAGGAAAGAUGAUUCAGGAGAGGGGAGACACGUUUGAUUUUGUUUAA